UUUUGCUAUUUCAAAAUUGCAUGACAUUAUCUCUGAAUCAGAUGCAGUUAAAGGUAUACGCCAUAAAUAUAUUACAGAAGAUCCAUGCUUACUAUCAUGUAUGUAUUGUGCUGACUUAAAAG